ACGAGUUAAAACUUAAAACCCCCGAAAAAUCUUGCCCGUCUCGGAAACAAGAGACAACAAACAGAGCUGGGAUGGGAACUCCAGAGACGUCCAGAGAACCGUGUCCAGAUCGCAUCCUAGACGACAUCGGUGGAGCCUUCGGGAUGGGUGCUGUUGGCGGCUCCGCCUUCCACUUCCUUAAAGGUGUCUAUAACUCCCCAAGUAGCUCCCGUCUCAUCGGCGGCACCCAAGCCGUUCGUAUGAACGCGCCCCGUGUAGGCGGAAGCUUCGCCGUGUGGGGUGGGCUUUUCUCGACUUUCGAUUGCUCCAUGGUCUACCUCCGUCAGAAAGAGGACCCCUGGAACUCCAUCUUUGCUGGCGCCGCCGCAGGCGGGUUCCUCUCCAUGCGCCAGGGGCUCGGCGCCUCGGCUCGCUCCGCUCUAUUCGGCGGCGUUCUCUUGGCGCUAAUCGAAGGAGCUGGGAUCAUGCUUAAUAAAGCCCUCAGUGGCCCGCAAGUCAUGCCGAAUUUGGUGGAGGAGGUCCCCGCUAUGGUUGGUGGGCCUGGGUUUCCUGCUGGCUUACCGGGUCAGCCCGGGCAAGGGUUGGAAUCAAGUUCUUCUGAGUCGGAUUCAGGUUGGUUUGGAGGGUUCUUUAGUGGAGGAAAGAAGAAAGAAACCCUGGCGGCCAGUGGAAGUAAGACCGAGAUUUUGGAGAGUUUCGAUGCGCCUCCGGUGCCCAAUUUUGAGUACAAGUGAAAAAUUAGGUCUUCGAUUAAAGAGAUUGAACUAUUCAACUUUAACUGCAGUUUGUUUCGUGA